UGUAGCUGAAGUCAAGUUUAUUUUAUAAUUAAACAGUAUUUAAUUGGUUAGAAAGGGGUUUUAUUAUUUUAAUUUUGCUUUAUCAUAAAACCUCUUAUACAACAGUACUAGGCCUAAUUUACUGUCACGUAUUUGUUGAUAAUGUCAAUCAUGAAAGGUUUUUUUUAGGUUAAACGAUAACAAAUCUGGGUUAGGCUGAGCUGAGCCCUAUCGCAGUGCUCAUUUUAGAGGUUAAAUAAUUUAUAAACGUUGACAAAAAUUAAUUAAGCUACAUCUUAAGAUGGGUGUGUUUAUGGGGAUAGCCUCUGUGUUCCUAGGAUGUUGCAGCAACGUGGUGUUUUUGGAAUUACUGGUCAAGGAAGACCCCGGGAGUGGAAACCUAAUAACGUUUGCACAGUUCCUUUUUGUGGUUGUGCACGGAUUUAUAUUUACGAUGAAGUGGGGUACGAAGAAACCAAAUAUUAGCAUAUGGAACUACACAGUUCUCGUAGUGAUGUUUUUUGUUGUCAAUGUUUUCAACAACUACGCUUUUGAUUUUAACGUAGCGAUGCCUUUGCACAUGAUCUUCAGAGCAGGUUCCUUGAUCGCCAAUAUGAUUAUGGGAAUCAUAAUUUUGAAGAAAACAUACUCACUCUCCAAAUAUGUAUCUGUUGGACUGAUCACCUUGGGUAUUGCAAUUUGUACAGUAAUAUCUGGUCAAGAUGUAAAAAAAACUGGUCCGGUCCGAGAAGACGCUAAGCCUACAACAGAAGUGGAAGAUUUCUUCUGGUGGAGUAUCGGAAUCCUCCUGUUGACAACUGCACUGUUUAUGUCUGCCCGAAUGGGUAUAUAUCAAGAAGAGCUUAACAAAAAAUAUGGCAAGAAUCCAAAAGAGGCUCUAUAUUUUACACACUUGUUGCCUCUUCCAGCGUUUGCUCUACUCUACAACAACAUUUACGAACAUCUGAUGAUCACAGUCAACAGCACACCUAUGCAGAUCCCCGUGUUACCAGUGGCUGUACCAAUACUGCUGGUCUACUUGUUGGGCAAUGUCGUCACUCAAUACCUCUGUAUCAGCUCAGUCUAUUACCUCACAUCUGAAUGCUCGUCGCUGACCGUGACGCUCGUCAUCACUCUACGCAAGUUUGUCAGCUUACUCUUCAGCAUCUUGUACUUCAAGAACCCGUUCACCAUCUACCAUUGGGUCGGCACCACGAUGGUCUUUGUAGGGACACUCAUCUUCACAGAAGUUCCUCAGAAGGUACUACAGUCUUCAUCGGCGCCUGCCAAGGCAAAGAAAGCUCAGUAGAAUAUGUAAAAAAGGGGUAUUAUUUGAUAUGCUUAUAUGAAUUACUAUUGUUGACUGUGGCCUGUUGAGGGUGAAACAGGUCUUAAGUAACCUUUAAGAGUUUUUUGUAUAGUCAAAUUUUCACUUAGAAAUUUGAAGCAACUUUUGCACAGUUGGUGGUUUGAAUGCACCGUUUGUUUAGUGGCUUAAAUGGCAGCUAUACAAAUUAUAUUAUUUUGAAAAACAAGAUAUAACCGCAACAUAACUACUCUUCCUGCAAGCGUCAAACUUAUCAACCUCACCACCAUCAAUCCCCCAAGAUUAAAAACACUUUUUACAGGAUGCUCUGGACUAAAAUCUCAGUUUAGGAUGUGAUUCCUUUCCUGUCAAUUGUUAGGAUAUACAGCCAUUUUUUUUAAGUGUUUUUAUUUCAAGAUAAAAUUGGGUAGUAAAACUGUAAAACAACAUGGUUGAAUUAUAUGUUUAACUGGAAUGUUUGAAAAAGAAUAGAGUUAAGCCACCCAAACCCUAUUCCUUUCAAACAAAUUCCUAGCCAAAUGGAUUUCCUUUAAAAAUAUUAGGUAGGCUACCUUAUAUUUAACAGGCAACCGAAACCUGUGUAAAAAACUUAAGAAAUGAUUGUAAAUUUAACACAGACAUAAUAAUUUUGUUAAAAAAAUUAAUACGGCUUAGUCUGCCAGUACUAGUGUGCACAGUUAAUUAUAAAUUAUACAAUAGUAGAUGAUAUAGAUGAGACUAAAAACUGUCGUGAAAUCCAAUAUAACUCAGUAUUUUAGUUUAACGUAUUCAAAAACAAAGAUAAGUUCAAGUUAAGUCAAUAUUCAAUAAUUGCUGGGAAGCAAGCUGGUUUAGUGGUUAGAGCGCGGGACUUCAAGCCUUAGGUCCCGGGUUCAAAUCCUGCCAAAUUACCAAUGAAUUUUAUCUAAGUGAUAAUUCCGCAACCCCUAGGUCUAGCCUGAAGUAAUGUGAAAAACAAUCCCAGGCUUGUGCCUGGACUUGGUUGUGUCUGAGGAAAAAAAAAUUGUAAAGGCUGCUAAAUCACAGGUGUGGCACACCAUAAACCUGGCUUUGGCCAAAGGUCCCAACAAUUUUCUAAGACAUUUUGCUGCAGAGUCAGACUUGAUCGGUAUAUGCCAGGAGCAAUUGGCAUACUUCCCAAAAAAACCUAUAUAAAAAAUCCCACAUGAAGAUCAAUAGGCCUAAAUGUUUUCUUAAAAAAUAAAAACCUUAUUUUUUGUUUUAAUCAACUUCAGCCCUACUCUUAAAAUAUUGAAAUAGUAGAUACAUUGCAUAAUCCUUAUGUAAAAAAAAAAACAGACAAGUACUCUAAAUCAAUAUAGGCGUAUUAUUUAACGCCUGCUAAAAAUAUGCUUCUAAAACCAAUUAAAUUGUUGCAUUGCCCUCUAAAAUUCUUUUCCAUCAAUUUAAUACAGAUUUGGUUGUGACGAGUCAAUUUUUUUCAUUCUAUAAAAGGCCACUCUGGGGCUUGGAAGUUAUUUGACUAUGAAUAAUGUUGAUGUUAUAUUAUUUAAUGUGUGUCCGUCCAAAAAAAGCAUUUAUCAUUUGACAUGUGUGUGAAAGGAAUUGGUGAUCGUUUUGGACUUUAACAACAUGCUUUAUUAGUUGAGAAAUUUUUAUAAUUUCAUACAAUUAAAUUUUACACCAUUUUUAAUACCAAUUUAGCUGAUAUUGCUCAGGUCUCUGUUUUUUUUACUGAACCCUAUUUUACAAAUAGUAACUGACAAUAACUUUACAUAACCUUUGACUAUUGAUUGAUAUAACUAAAACUGUCCUCACAUUAUUCAUAAGGAUUACAAAUCCACAAAGGGAGUAUCUUUAACACAUUCACUACCAAAGUGGUCUCACAAAGUGUCUCAUACAGAGGAGUGUGGCGACUGGUAGGUAACUUGUUAGUCUUUUAUGUAACUAAGUUAAAAAGCUAAAAAAUUUUGUCAGUAUAUAUUUUGCUCAAAAUUAGAAACAGGGUCAUACACUCUAGAGGAGUAUACAAUCAAGGUGUGUAAAACUUACUAGUAAGAAUGUAUAUUGUUUGUUGUGUUCCUCUUUUCACUUUUGCCCUAUAAUUUAGUACAUGUAAGUAAAUUAAUGACUGGUAACAAAAUGAGCGGUGAAAAGUUUUGAUUGUUUGCUAUGCAAUCAAAUAACAAAAUUACGUAAAAUCUAUGAAGAGGUAAUGUUGGCUAAAUGAACUUAGUCCUGUAAGUAUAAUGUCUCAUUUUUACUUUGUUAAAACUUUACCGUGUACAGUAAAGUUUCAAUAUCGGACCCUCCCAGUUGAUAUUCACCCUAUUUUCGUUUUGUAUGUAUACCAAAGCUGUAAAAGCGAGACAUUCCUGACUGUACUCAGAAAAUACACGUCAGGGUUUUAGGGAUUUUCCCUUGAAUGUAUGCAUACAACAUAUUUUGCCAAUAAUGCUCAUUUCCACAUACCUCUCUGAUAACCUUCACGUUUUAGUGCAAACUGAGACUUGUUGUUGAGUGGACGAGCAUUGCUUUAUCGAAAGAUUUUACAGUUGUGGGAUUUUAUUUUAUCGUUUAUUGUUAUGUUAUAUUUGUGAUAAUGGGGUUGAAAUAAAAACAAGUUAGGACUUAUAAUGAAAGACAAACUUAAUAAACACUUUGCCAACUAAUUGUGUAAUUUGUUGACAUUUUUACAAUUUUGUAAUUAUUUUUUGUUUUUAGUUUCUUUAACUUUUAUGUGACCAAUUUAGAUCAGACAAUUUAAAUGCUACCGUAAUAUUAUUAAUUAGUAUGUUUUUUUAUGUAAAAUAUUAAAUAUUAUUUGACUUAUUAAUAAUAUUUAAAAGAGUAUAACAGUUAAAUCAAGUAAUGCAGGCUUAUGUGCAAAUAUUAAAUUUAACUCUGAGUUAGUUUUGGCUAAAUUAUCUUAUCAAUGCACUCAUUUUAUUUUUCAAAUUCUUUUGUCUAAUUUUUGUUUAUGCAUUUGUAAAAAUGUAUAUAGAUUGAGAAAUACGUUUUUACCAAACUUAUUUCUUGUUGUAUUUGUAUAUUGAGGUUUAUAAAGAUAUAUUUUUAUAUGUACUAUAUAUUUGUCUGUAGCUAAUUGUUGGUGUUUCUGUAGCUAGUCAUACUGUUAUCUAA